AGACACGAACACCCAAGCUCCGACGACGCGCAGAGCCAGGCCUUUCCGUGACGCAUGGAUUCAUAGUUAGGCUGGAAGCGCUCGGGUCCAACUGCACAAAGCGAGUCGGACUUCGAAUUUCCUUUGCGCCUGGGUUGUUUCUUGCAUAAUGCUUUCCUGGAAAAUCCAUUCUUAAUCUUCAACUUAAUCUUCAACUUACGGUUUGCACACACACACGCACGAUGAACGGCGCGACUAUGAGGUUAGGCAGCCCGGCGGGAGGGGGACUGAGACAGAGGGGAAGUGGGAAUUCCUUUGGUUCUCCAGGGAGGGUGCCCCCUCCUGGAAUGCCGCCCGUCGUGACGCCCACGGGGAAAGCACUGGUGGAGGGUUAUAGGAAAGAUAUUCUCAAUGGCUUCGGGGGGGAGAGGCCAAGAUACAAUCCCUCGAACGAGAGCCGGCCGCAGAGUUCCGCCCUCGUCGAUCUAAAGGACCCGAUCCAGGUUCACUUGCUGACUGAGACGGCCCUCUCCGACAGCAGAACCUACGAGAUUUUGUCGCAGGAAGAGGUGGAUCAUAUCAAGAAGCAGAUGCAGUCGCUGUCAAUGCGUAUCGAGCAGGCCCGUACGAACCUCGCUAUCCAGUCCAAGUACCGCGAUGCUGCAAUAUCCAUGGCCCGCCUUUAUUCGCCAUCCAAGACCGAAGGCAAGAGGAGGAGUCUGCUGGGCAACCGCAUGAGCGAUUCCGCCAAGGAAGCCGAGAUGGAGAAGCUGGCGAGCGAGCGUCGCUGUGAGGAACUUGCGACGGAGCUGUUCUCGCUAGAGAAACGCCUCAUGGAGCCCCAGAGGCGCCUUCUUCAGCACACAGCCGGGAUACUCCAAAUGACGCAUCGCGCCUCGUCCAAGAAGUCGGGGCAGGUGCCAGCUGGGCCCAUGAUGAACGGCAUUCCCGGGAGCCCAGAGAGUCUCUAUACCUACACCAACACUCGCAAUAGCAUGGAGAUUCCCAGCGGCGACCUCGACUUCGACAAAAAUCUCUAUUUGCAUCUAGACCAGGCAGACGGACCGGCCGCUCCCCGCAAGAACGCCAUCGAGAUCCCAUUGAAGUCACCCAUCCGGGAGCAGAACGCUCAGCUGAGGGAGCUGCGUGAGGAAAUUGAGAAAGUGAAGGAGGAGAACGAGCGCAUCCUGGAAGAGAACAUACAGCUGAAGACGGCGGAACAGCAGUUGAAGAAGGAAUUCUCCCAGAUUCAAGAUCAACACGCGCAACUGGCGGCUGCGGAAGAGCAACUCAGGCAGGACCACACGCGCGCUAGGGAGGAGAUCGCACAGUUCGAGACAAGGGAGCAGCAGCUCAGAGACGAGCACGCCAAGGCCACGGAAGAGAACGACCGCAUCCGAGGCGAGACGUCGCGAAUGAUGGACGAGACCAACCGGUACAAGGACGCCGACUCACGACUCAAAGCCAUCGAAGAGCAGAUGAGUGCCGAGACCGAGGCCCUCCGGGCUCAGAGCGCAGGGCAUGUUCAGGCCAUCUCGGACACCGAGGCGAGACUGGAGGCUCUAAAUCGCAAGCUUCGGGAUCUGGUCGUGGGCUCCAAUCCAGAAAAGAACGAUGGAUUCAGCGGCCCCGAAGCAGCCAGUGGCUCCGGCGAGACACUUACGGCACAGUUGGAGUACAUGGAACGGGGUCUUGCUACGGCUGCGGAAGAGCAGCAGCAGCUCGCAGCUGAAGCAUCAACAACAUCGGUCGAAAACGCGACAAUCGCAUCCUCGCUUAGCCAGGUGGAGGCAUCCCUCGACCAGGUUGGUGUGCGCGUCCAAGCACUCGCCCAGCAAGUGCAAGACGUGCUGCAACAGUCGGAUUCCAGCCUCCCGCCGGCUCCUGAGGGCGACGUGGACGAACAGCUCGGCUAUCUCGAGAACGCUUUCAAGACAGUCGGUUCGGAGCUCUCGCGUGCACUCGAGGCGUCGUCAUCCGUUUCAGCCAAGAGGCAGGACAUCGACCAAGUCGACGCGGUGCUCAUGGGCCUGUGGGAAAUCAUCCAGUCGGGCUACGCCGAGAUCGAGCAGCAGAAAGCAGCCCGCCGGCAAAACCGCGCCCUGGGCCAAGGCGGCGCAGACGACGACGACGAGCUGUCGAGCAACGAGUUCGACGGCGACACCAACGAGCCGUACUCCCUGCAGGCCUUCUCGACCAAGGUUCAAUGGCUAUACGCGCAGGCGACCGGCCUCCGGGAGCAGAAAUACAUCCUCCAGCGGCAGAUCAAGCAGCAGCGCGAGCUCAACAACCGCAGCGAGUCGGAAAAGGACCGCGAACUCCAAGCCAAAUCCGACGAGCUCGAGCAGACCCACCACAUCCUCGACGAGGCCGAGCGCACCGCCGCCGACGCCCAAGACCAGCUCCAGAAGGUCCUCUCCGACAUGGACACGCUCCAAAAGACGACAGCCGCCAACGAAGCCGCCUCGGCCUCCUCCACCAAAUCCACCCAAGACCAGCUCCAGGCCCGCGCCGCCCGCAUCGCCGCGCUCGAAGCCGAAGUCCGCGAAGCCGAGUCCCGCGUCGCCGCCGCCGAGGCCGCCAUCGCCGCAACCCAGUCCCAGCUCGCCGACUCCAACACGGCACGCGCCGCCGCCGAAGCCGAACUCACCGCGCUCCAGACCCAACUCAGCACCGCCUCGGACGCGUCCGCGUCCGCAUCGGCCGACGCCUCGGAGCUGCAGCGCGCGCUGCAGGCCAAGGACGACGAGCUGGACCGCAUGAACAUGAUGGUGGUGGAGCUCAAGACGGAGGUGGCCUUCGCCAAGGCGGAGCUCGACGGCGCCUACGGCUCGCGCAAGCAGCGCGCCGCCGAGGCCGCCGCCCUCUCCAACUCGUCCCAGUCCGAGGAGCUCAACAACACCAUCGUGCGCCUGCGCGCCGAGCUCGAGAACGCCCUGCGCGACCUCGAGGACAUCACGCGCGAGUCGAUUGCGGCCGAGCGGGAGAGGCUUGAGAUUGAGGGGCGGUUGGAUGAGGUUAUGGGGGUGAAGGGGGAGUUGGAGGCUGAGGUGGGCAGGUUGGGCGAGAGGUUGGGCCGCGUGCAGGAGGAGUUGGAUGUGGAGAGGUUGAAGGUGCCGAGUCCGGGCGGUGCUGCUGGUGGGGGUGCGAGCAGGGCGGGCGCGGGGGCGAGUGAGUUGAGUAAGCAGUUUAGGGGGGUCAUGAAGGAGGAGCGGAAGAAAUUCCAGGAGGAGAUGAGGGAGGAACAAGCGAAACGGAGAAAGCUGGAGGAGGAGCUGCGGACGCUGAGGAGGGGCCAGAGCAGUACCGCGUCGACGGCCAGGGGGGGCGCGCUGAGCCCGAGGUGACAGGGCUGAC